UCUUUCUCCUAAUUUAUGAUUCUUCACAAUCACCAAACAAGUGAAAAUGCAGUGAAUGUGUCACAUUCCUCAUCAUGUUCUAGCUAUUCAAACAAAUCUUGUAUAUCUCAAAAUCUCACACCUUCAACACAAAAUUCAGUUACAUCAAUCUACAAAACAAUCCUCUCCAACAAAAAGCAGAUUUUGAUCACAGUUACUUGGUGUAAAAGCUACUCAAAUCAAGGACUCACAAUAAUCUUCAAUGAAGAAGAUCCACUAGCUGCAAGAACAUUCAGACUCAACACAAAUUCAAGAUUUUUCAGAAAGAAAAAAGGAAGCAAAUUGGUGGAAGUUGAGCAUUUUCAUGAUUCAAAAGUUGAAGUUUUUUGGGAUCUUUCAAAUGCAAGAUAUGAAACUGGUUCUGAACCUGUUGAUGGAUUUUAUGUUGCAAUUUUAGUUGAUUCAGAAAUUGGUCUUAUUUUAGGUGACAUAAAUGAAGAAAAUUUACCAAAGAAGCUUAAAAAAAGGACCCUUAUGGAUAAAGUUUCACUUUUUUCAAGAAGUGAAUAUUUUUCAGGUAACACACUUUAUUACACAACUAAGGCUAAGUUUUGUGAGAGUGGAAUUAUGCAUGAUAUUUUGAUUAAAUGCAGUGGUGAAAAUGAAGGGUUUAAAUCACCUGUUCUGAAUGUUUGUAUUGAUAAGAAGAUUGUAAUUUGUGUGAAGAGGUUGAAGUGGAAUUUUAGGGGUAAUCAAACAAUUUUUGUUGAUGGGUUGUUGGUGGAUUUGCUUUGGGAUGUUCAUAGUUGGUUUUUUAAACCUGUUUCUGGGUUUGCAGUGUUUAUGUUUAGGACUAGGAGUGGUUUGGAUAGUAGAUUGUGGUUAGAGGAGAAUUUGGUAGUGAAAGAUAAAGAUAGGGUUGAAUUUUCUUUGUUGAUCUAUGCCUGUAAAACUACAUAAUGAAAGUUCAUUGUUUAUCUUGGAUUUUUUUA